AUGACUGGCCGCGCGAUGGACCCGCUGUCUCCCGCGGCAGUCGCGGCGGCCGCAGAGUUGGAAGCCGACGGAGAGGAGGCGGGUCCGCAGACUGCAGUGUCACCUCCUCGGGGCGCCCAGCAUCUCCUCUACAGGCACGUCCUGACCCCCAGCCUCACCUCCUCGGGUCACAUCCCGGCCCCCAGCAUCGCUGCCACAGAGCCUGAUCCCGAGGCUGGAGUGGGAGGUGGGCCCUCAGUGGGCGCACUGUGGGCGCUCACAACCCUGCGGAUUAGUGUCGGCAACCCUGUGCAGUGCUGUGGGGGAGCAGAGCCCCGGAAGGCCAGUGGGCCUCAGCUGCGUGGAUUCCGAGGACAAGCACUCACGAGUCCUGGCUUCGCCGAGUUUCGGGGCCUGUGUUUAGCGAGGCCUGAGCGCGCUCACUCUCCCGGGCCUGCGGAGGCCGUGGCGGCCUGGGUGCCCAGAGCCCUGACCGCUGACGACGGUGCUGUGGCCGGAGCACGCUUCAUCACCAUCCGCAAGGUGAGGGUCUACCGCACGGGGGUGCUCACACCAGGGUGCGGACCGGAUGGGGAUAUGACACUGGGAGUUGUGGCUCAGCUGUUGAGGACACAUGACGUGCCCGCGCCCUGGGGGGCUGAGCCGGCCCUGGAGCCCACACGGAUGCAGAUGCCGCAGGGGAAUCCGCUGGGGCUGCGCCACAGCCUGCAGGAGCUGCUAGCCCGCGACAGCGUGCAGGUGGAGCUCAGCCCCGAGAAGAAGGGACUGUUCCUCAAGCACGUUGAGUACGAGGUGUCCAGCCAGCGCUUCAGGUCCUCUGUGUACAGACGGUACAAUGACUUUGUGGUCUUCCACGAGAUGCUGCUGCACAAGUUCCCAUACCGCAUGGUGCCGGCCCUGCCACCCAAGAGGAUGCUCGGAGCUGACCGGGAGUUCAUUGAGGCGCGGAGGAGGGCCCUGAAGCGCUUCAUUAACCUGGUGGCCCGCCACCCCUGCUUCUCUGAGGACGUGCUGCUCCAGCUCUUCCUGUCCUUCAGUGGCUCCGACGUGCAGAACAAGCUCAAGGAGACUGUUCAGGCCAUCGGAGAUGAAUUCCUGCACUGCCAAGUGGCUUCUCGGGCCAAGGACUUGCUCCCGGCCGACAUCCAGGCCCAGUUUGCGGCGAGCCGAGAGCUGGUUCGGAACAUGUACAACAGCUUCUCCAAGCUCCGGGACCGGGCCGAGCGGAUGGCGUCCCGGGCCAUCGACCACGCGGCCGACCUGCUUAUCUUCGGAAAGGAGUUAAGGCAAGUGACCCUUGCGCUGGGGUCUGACACGACCCCGCUGCCCCCCUGGGCCGCCCUGAGCAGCAGCACGUGGGGGGUCCUGAAGCAGGCGCUCAAGGGCCUGUCCGUGGAGUUCGCACUGCUGGCCGACAAGGCUGCACAACAGGGUAAGCUGGGCGACAGUGAUGUGGUGGAGAAGCUCAACCUCUUUCUGGACUUGCUGCAGUCCUACAAGGACCUGUGCGAGCGGCAUGAGAAGGGAAUGCUGCACCGGCACCAGCGGGCCUUAUACCGGUCCAUGCUGGCGAGGCGGCAGGCAGGCAGCGGCCGGGAACCCGAAUCCGUGGAGCAGCUGGAAUCCUGCAUCCUGGAGCAGGAGAAUGCCAUCCAGACCCUGGAGCUGCGCAGCCACUUCUCGUUGUACUGCCUGUACCAGGAGACCCAGCUGGUGCACGCUUACCUGCCACUCACCUCCCACAUCCUGGGUGCCUUCGUCAACUCACAGAUCCAGGGACACAAGGAGAUGAACAAGGUGUGGACGGACCUGAAGCCCAAGCUGCACUGCCUGCUCUCUGGCUCCAGCGGACCCCCAACACGGCCCCGGUCACCCCCAGAGGAGAGCCUGCUGCCCCGCUAG